AUGCAUAUCUUCCUGAUUUUUUUUAUUGUCUCAAUCCAACUCUCCAGGUCUCAAAACUGCUCCUGCAACUCUGAAAUCUUAGGAAACGGCUAUUGCGAUCACCAAUGCAAUACUACUUCUUGCAAUUUUGAUUCAGGGGAUUGUUUGCCACAAACCCCUACCAAUUCUUCAGAAUCCUCAUCUGAAGGUGGUGGUGGUGCAAGUAAUGGGACAGUUCUACUCAUGAGCAUUGUGAUGGGGCUUUCUUUCGGUUUAUUUUGGUAUUUUUUAUACAGACUUGGCUGUAUUUUAUUUUAUGUAUGUAAAAAAUUUAAAGCUGAACAUAAAUUUGAAGUGGUCACAGCUUCUCUACCAAGCGAUUCAGGUGAUUUGUAUCAGAGUUCAGGCAGAAGGUUAAUAGGAUAUACUUGAAUUGAGCAUAAAUAUCCUCUGAAAUAUUUUUCAGAUGAAGUAAGGUUUAAAGGUGAGCCAGUUUGCACAGUUUGUUUAAUGGAAUUAUUUGAACGUGACCCUGUAAGGGUAAUUAAUUGCUGACACAUUUUUCAUAGUCAAUGUAUUGAUGAAUGAAUUAUGACUUCUGAGAGUCUAAAAUGUCCAAAUUGCAAUUCAGAUUUUUAG